AUGUCGAAGCAGGCGCAGCUGUCGGCGCCGGGUGAGCUGUGGGACAGGAAAAGUACGCGCCUCGUGUUCUGGGCGAAAGCGGCUCGAAACUUGGGGAAGAUGCUGAUGAUGUGCACCAGGUCGGCGUACGACAGGGACACAUUCUCACACGGCUCCAGGGCGAUGACGUUCUCCCUGUACGCCUGCCUCUUCAGCAUGGGGAUCUCUCCGAAGCACAACCCCGCCCUCAGGACCCUGGAUCUCAACGUGUGGCUCCGCUCGAGGCUUCGAGAACUCCUGGACCGGCCCGCCUCUGCUUUGUUUGGCGGGCGCCUGACCUCGACGCUGCCCUUCCGGAUGAAGAACAUUUCCGUGGCGGGGUCCCCGGCGCGGACCACCACGUCCCCCGCGUAG